CUGCAGCACGACGAUCGAAUCGAGACGGACGAGGAGGGCUUCGUGGCCGCGAUCGGCGGCGAGCCGCUGUGCGACGAGCGCAGCUAUGCCCUCGAUCACGGCCUACAUCCGCGCCCACCCCGAGAUCGUCCCUGCAGAGUGCGCGGCGAUCCCGAUCGAGUCGCUUCUCAUGAAGCACUGCGCGGCCGACGCCUGGGUGUACAUCUUCCGCGCGCUCGACUCGAAUGGCGACGGAGCCCUCUCCCGCGCCGAGCUCGCCGCCGUCGGCCAGGCCGGCGUGCUGACCCGUGCCCAGAUCAAGAAGGCUCUGCGAGACAUUGCCGGCUACGACACGCACGAGGCUCAGGAACUCUUUCUCGACGCGGUCCAGCGCGCCGCGGGGCUGCCGGACGGCAAGGCCGAGCUCACGCUCGAGCGCAUGAACGAGCACUUUGAGGCGCACCACUCCCACCGCUCCACGCCGCCGGUGACCCCGAAUGCCUCCCCGACGCCAACUCCGGUGAUAACGCCCUUCGCGUCCUUCUCGUCGCCAACACCCUCGCCGCUGCCAUCGCCCGCAAAGGAUGAUGACAGGCUGCAUCGCGGCUUCGACAUGCACCUGUUCAAGUCCUCCCUUCUGGCGGGGCAAUCAAUUGUCGCCGGGCGCAACCGGUCGUGGCACGUGCGGAGCGCCAAGAAGGGGGCCAAGGGGCAGGAGUCCGCUCGCCCAGGGCGGCCGCGCGGAUGGUGGCCGUUCUCGCGGCAGAGCAAGCCUCUGGCCGCGUAGACGGUUGCUUGAAUGGGCUCGGCCCAGGACCCGUCCGAUGCCACCGCUCUGUGCUCGCAGUGAAGUUGUCUUUGGCUCUGCUAGUCCCCUGAGACUGGGCCUGUACUGACGUACGUAUGCGUCUCGAGUAUUCUUGCCUUGUGUUUGUGUUGACUAUGCGGUACUUUAGCGACUUAGGUGUGCUGGCCCCCUGUCUGUGAGAGCGGGCAUGUACGUAUAUGUGUAUCGGAGUAUUCUUUCGUGCCUUGUGCUUGUGUGACUGUGUGCGCGGCAUUUUACGUUUCACACUUGAGCGAUCACUUAGGUGUGUGGAUUUCGCAUGUCGAUGUGGGUGAAUAUGUGCAAUGUACGC